AUGUGCUUCUCGAGUUUCCGUCGUAGCUGCAAGUCCAAAGAUCAUGUUGCCAACAUCAUUUACAUAGAUCAGCCGGUUGGAACUGGAUUCUCUUAUGCAAAUACUUCAGAAUCUUACAUCAGCAGCGACACAAUUUCAGCAACACAGACAUAUGAAUUUCUUAGAAAGUGGUUUGUGGAUCACCCCAAGUAUCUAAACAAUCCACUAUACAUUUGUGGUGUUUCCUACAUUGGCAUGGUUGUUCCAAUCAUUGUUCAGGAGAUAUACAACGGAAAUGAAGCCGGAAAUGAGCCGCAAAUGAAUAUUAAGGGAUACAUGCUUGGCAAUCCUCUAACAGAUAAAAAUAGAGAUGUUAAUUCAAGAAUCAAAUAUGCCCAUCGCGUGGCACUUCUUUCUGAUAAUCUCUACAAGUCAACCAAGGCAAAUUGCAAUGGCAAAUACAUAGAUGUGGACCCAAACAAUGGAUUAUGUUCAAGCAAUAUGCAAUUAGUAAACGAGUGCCUCGAGAAAAUAAAUUUGCCACAAAUUUUGGAACCGUUAUGUUCUACAUUGAACGUAAAUUCUAAUUUGUUGAGAUGGGAUAGAAGCUCUGUUGAAGAAAAUUCCAUUGAUCUCCUCUGGCCACUACAUCAAGUUCCAGGAUCAUGGUGUCGGGGCUUCAACUACGUUUAUGCCACCAAGUGGGCUAAUGAAAGAGAUGUCCAAAAAGCUCUCAACGUCCGUGAGGGGAUAAAACCAGAGUGGAUUCAAUGCAAUACGAGUAUCGAAUACGCAUUUGGUCUAAGUGCAACCGUCGCUUACACAUUCAACGUCCCUAGUGUUGUUGACUAUCAUCGAAAUCUCACACACAAAAAUUGUCGAGCUUUAAUAUUCAGUGGUGAUCUUGACAUGAGGGUUCCACACUUGAGCACUGAGAAAUGGAUAGAGUCUCUUAAUUUGGAUCUUGAAAGUGAUUGGGAACCAUGGUUUGUUGAUGGCCAAAUAGCUGGAUAUACAAUGUCUUAUUCCCGCAAUGACUACACAUUGACAUAUGCAACAGCAAAGGGAGCGGGUCACACAGUUCCAGAGUACAAACCGAGAGAAUCUCUAGCCAUGAUCGAUCGGUGGUUUUCUUUUUACCCUCUGUGA